UAAAGUGACGCCAAAGUUUAUUACUUCUUUGUUUUCCGCAAUUAGGCCCCCAGGCCUCCUACAGGGUGCUGGCUAUUUUACACUUCAGUUAGAGCUUAGAGAAGACGGUGAGCAGAGCUCAAUAUUUGCACAAAUGAGCUGUCUGCAAGUGGUGUACAUUAUUUAGCAAUUUAUCUGACAUAGGCUGCAAUAGAAAAUCUCAGAUAUACUAACCUAACCCUUUUCCUGCCACUUCAUAUAAAUCAGUAAAAUCAUAAAAAAAAUGGUACAGUACAGCGUUGCUCAGCGAAAAAACGUUCGCAUUUUGUUAGUUGGUGACGCGGGCGUUGGAAAGACAUCACUAAUACUGUCGCUUGUAAGCGAGGAAUUUCCUGAGGAUGUACCACCAAAGGCAGAAGAAAUAACAAUACCCGCUAAUGUAACACCUGAACAGGUACCGACAAAUAUUGUCGAUUAUUCAAGCACUGAACAAAGUGAUGAAACACUGAAUGAAGAGAUACUAAAAGCUCAUGUUGUAUGCAUUGUGUAUAGUGUGGAAGAUGACGUUUCUCUUGACCGCAUAACAUCACAUUGGCUACCUUUGGUACGAAAUGCAAUCGGCACUGAACAGACACGUAAACCUAUUGUGCUGGUGGGCAACAAAGUCGAUUUGAUAGAAUACUCAACCAUUGAUAGUGUAUUGACAAUAAUGGAAGACUUUCCAGAAGUGGAGAGCUGUGUAGAAUGUUCUGCAAAAACGCUGCACAAUAUUUCUGAAAUGUUUUAUUAUGCACAAAAGGCUGUAUUGCAUCCCACAUCGCCACUGUAUAUAAUGGAAGAGCAAGAUCUUACGCCAGCUUGUAAAAAAUCACUUGUACGCAUUUUCAAAAUUUGCGAUAUCGAUGGAGAUAAUCUAUUAAAUGACUAUGAGCUAAACCUAUUUCAACGUCGCUGUUUCAACACACCCCUUCAACCACAAAUACUAGACGAAGUUAAAAUUGUCAUACAAAAGAAUAUACCCGAUGGAAUAUAUCACGAUGCAGUCACACUUAAGGGAUUUCUUUUCCUGCAUUGUCUUUUCAUACAGCGCGGUCGAAAUGAAACCACUUGGGCAGUACUACGUCGCUUUGGUUACAAUGAACAGUUGGAAAUGUGUAAGGAUUAUUUACGACCAACAUUGAAAAUACCACCAGGCAGUAGCACAGAAUUAUCACAUCGGGGCCAGCAAUUCCUUAUAGCACUCUUCGAACGAUAUGAUAAGGAUGGUGAUGGCGCACUUUCACCAGAGGAACAUAAAAUGCUCUUCAGUACAUGCCCAUCGGCGCCAUGGUCAUACUCAACAGAUAUACGCAAAUCAUGUCCCACCAACGAUCAAGGUUGGGUGACGCUCCAUGGUUGGUUAUGUCGCUGGACGUUAAUGACACUUAUCGAUGUUAUGAAAACACUAGAGUACUUAGCUUAUUUGGGUUUCAAUGUACACGAAAACGACAGUCAACUGGCAGCGAUACAUGUGACGCGUGAACGACGCAUCGAUUUGGCCAAACGACAAAGUAGUCGUUCCGUCUAUAUGUGCCAUGUAAUUGGUCCAAAAGGUGCUGGUAAAACCGGUAUGUGUCGUGGAUUUCUGGUAGAUGACAUGAAAAGUCUGAUUGGCAAAGAGUUCCGGACAAAUGUGGUACAUUGUGUCAACACAGUGCAGGUCUAUGGGCAAGAAAAACAUCUGCUUUUACGCGACAUUGAUGUUAAGCAUGCUUUAGAUCCGCUACAACCACAAGAGGUGAAUUGUGAUGUCGCCUGUCUGGUUUACGAUUCCUCAAAUCCGCGUUCAUUCGAGUAUAUUGCACGUAUUUACAUUAAAUACUAUGCUGAGAGUAAAAUACCUGUGAUGAUUGUUGGUACCAAAGGUGAUUUAGAGGAGCGGCGUCAAGAUUACUUAUUGCAGCCGGCAGAGUUUUGUAAAAAAUACAAAAUAUUAGAACCACAUCUGUUUAGCUUGAAGAGUAAUAAAAAAGAGGUUUAUACUAAAUUAGCAACCAUGGCGGCAUUCCCGCGCUUUCAACCCGCAUGGAUACUCUUUUACAAGCACAGGUUGGUACAGCUGUGGGAAUCAGCUCAUCUACGUCAAUUUGGUUUAAUGACAGAGGAUCCGACACUAUGGUGGAAAGCCGGUCUAGGUGUUGCCGCAGCCACAGUGCUGGGCAUUGUUGUGAUGAAAGCACUGCACAGUGCCGCUACGCAUGCGCGUUACUAAACGUACGUCGUAUAUACAAAAAAAAAAAA